UUCCAGUAUCUAGUAUAUCAGAUUUGUCUGAUUCCAUCUCUUCCAACUUUAAAACCAUCGAGUCCAACAUCAUAGCAGCAAAACAACUCCAGAAACAGUAUUAUGAUCGCCGCAGAACUCCACCUCCUGUCUACACAAAAGGUGAUCUAGUCUGGCUAUCCACCAAACACCUAAGUUUGAAAACCCCUUCGAAAAAACUUUCUCCGUUGUUCAUUGGUCCAUACCCUGUUGAACUUGUCAUUAAUGCCAAUGCUGUCCGGCUUAAAUUACCCGAUAAUUUAAGAGUUCAUCCCACAUUCCAUGUAUCCCUUCUCAAACCCUAUAAGGAUCUCAGGGAUUUCUCUUUACAAACGUCUCUUCCACCUAUUUCUCUCGACCCUGAAAUGGAGUAUGAAGUUCACUCAAUCCUGGAUUCCCGUUUCCGUAGGGGACGUAUUGAAUAUCUUGUUCGUUGGAAGGGUUUCUCUACAGAUGAUGAUUCCUGGGAACCAGCUACCAACAUAUCCGCUCCUCGUUUGAUAUCUCAUUUCCACCAAAGACAUCCGGAUCGUCCUGGGCCUUGAGCCUCUGGAGUGGCUCCUUGGAGGGGGGAUUCUGUCAGGAUAAUGGCAUACUUAUUUCUCUGCACUGUCCCUUUAAAGCAUCCUGCUCUCAUUAACAUCAACCUAUUUAAGGCCCCUCCCAGCAUUUUCACAUUGCUUAGUAUUGAAGUUUGUCUUAAACCUUAACCUGAGCCUGCUCUCUGUAAGAUUUAUCUUACUACUUCUGUUUGUUGGAUUCCUCUACUCCUCCUAGCUGGAUUUUUGUUGUCAUCCUCUCCUUCCUGCCUGCUUCUCCCUCAAGAAGAUUCAGCUAUUUCAAAAGCCUCAUUCAUACCUUUACCUCUAACUCAGUUUCCCCUGCAGCUCACCGGCCUUGGGAUUCACUUUUCACUGAGCUCCACUUCCUCAUGCUGUGACGUCAUCAGCCAGCUGCUACUGAGCUUCCCUGCUCCCUCUGGCAAGUCGCCAUUACAACCCGGUGUUUGCAACUAUCAUUAUAACAGUCCUGUUAGGGUUGUGCCUGACAGUAUUGCUCCUCCUUAACACCAGAGGGCGCUCAUAACUGCUAAGCAUUCAGCACUGACUAAAAAGCAGAGACAUCUCCACGCACAAAAAAAAGGGAAAUGAGGACCUGGAAUACAGAGGUGCAACAUUACAGUGAAUUCUCCUUUCCUUGAAGCUGUGGACUCUCCCCGUUUCUCUCUGGCUCACCUACCCCACAUCGUGACGUCACGCUUCCCUGGAUCAGUCGCACACACGCCGACACGCUGUAGGGAUCCACACGGCGACUCAACCUCCAUGAUAGUGUGAACACACAGACAUCUUCGAGAGAGGAUCUAAUGCAGGAUACUGAAGCAUAAGGACAAAAGCAAAAGGACUGCAUUAUUUGGACAUUAUGUGCAAAGAGGCGAAUAAUUCAUUAUAGAUGCCUUUUUAAUUCUUGAUGCCUCAGAUAGCUAGCUGCUGCAGCACUGAUAUGAUGCAAACCUGCCUUUAUGCACAAGGACAAGCUACAUACGACUUAAUUAAUUGCACGAUCCUGACCAAAAGCAGAUGACAGUCUCUUGCCACUGGAUAACUGCUGCUUUGUCAAAGACGAUCCCGACAUGUCAUAUCAGCAAGCCUCCGAUUUUGUCUGUUGUGUUUCUUUCUACUUUCUCAGCGUGCUUGCUGUUUCCACGGUUCAGUUCAUUCUCUGUGGCUGCACUCACAACAAAAGCUGUUAUGCAGCAGAGGACUGAAUGAAUUGAGGGGAACUCUCCGGUGGGUGUUUACUGUCCCUUGUGUCAGCUCCCCCCCCCCACCAAAAAAAAUACAUGCACAGCAUCCCUAGCAACUGAUCAGCAGCCAACCCUCUAAGAUGUGCAUGCCUUAAAUUUGCUCCCUCUUUACAGUUUGCGCCCUCCCUUACUCUAAUACUCCUGACUAUUUUUUUAUUUCGGCUUGGUCCAUCUCCCACAAGUUUUCUCCUGUCAUUUGUCAGCACUUUCCUGAAAUGCUUUCUCCUGCUCCAGUGAACCAACACUGCAGGACUUGAUAUGGGAUGAAGUUUGGAGGUGACCAGGAACAGACAGAAGACCUCUAGGCAGCUCUCCAUUUGAUAAGUGAGCAGUAAUUGCUAGAAGACAGGCUGCACAGUUGGAAUCAAUAGUCUGCUUUCUUGCUGUUAAGGACACAUUGGGCAAGCAGUAGGUCACUGAAGUAACUACAGUGUACUGCUUACUGCGGAGUUGGAUAGAACUACAUGCAAGAGUCUGCAGUAGUGCUACAAAAGAUUGCUGUCACCAAGGGCACAAUAGUUUUCAAGUCAUUAGUGCUUUCAACUGUUAGUUUUCUGGUUUUCUAAAGGACCUUUCUAGGAUGAAUGAUAAAUGAGCAAUUCUGCCUUUGAAGGAGAACUAGAAAGAAAACAUCUGCUUUGUGAUACUGGUGUGCUUUCAUUUUACUGUACAAGUCUCUCCAGGCACUUAAAGAGAAAACAUGCAAAGGAUUCUGAAUAUUGCGCACAUUUUGGGGGUCUUCUUCCUAUUCUAUUGGAUAGGCUUGAGUACGACGCUAAAGGAAGUUGUUGGUGCGGAACAGCAGAUCCCCUUAUCAAUGGUAAAGCUCUGGGCCUCUGCAUUUGGAGGUGAAAUUAAAUCCAUAGCUGCAAAGUACUCAGGUUCACAGCUUCUGCAGAAGAAAAACAAAGAGUUUGAAAAGGAUGUUAUCAUAGAGGAGAUAGAUGGGCUUCGUUUGGUGAAAAAACUAGCCAAGGAUAUGGAGGAGAUGUUCCACAAAAAAGCUGAGGCAGUUCGGCGCUUGGUUGAAGCAGCAGAGGAAGCACAUUUGAAACAUGAAUUUGAUGCUGAAUUACAGUAUGAAUACUUCAAUGCUGUUCUAAUAAAUGAAAGAGGUGAAGAUGGAAACUAUUUGGAACUGGGGAAGGAGUUUCUAUUAUUACCAAACGAUCAUUUCAACAAUUUGCCUGUUAACAUCAGUUUAAGUGAUGUGCAAGUCCCAACCAAUGUUUACAACAAAGAUCCUGAAAUUGUAAAUGGAAUAUAUUGGUCCGAAUCCCUAAAUAAGGUUUUUGUUGAUAACUUUGACAGAGAUCCCUCCCUCAUCUGGCAAUAUUUUGGAAGUGCAAAGGGCUUUUUUCGACAAUAUCCAGGUAUUAAAUGGGAACCAGAUGAAAAUGGAGUUAUUGCAUUUGACUGUAGAAACAGAAAAUGGUACAUUCAAGCGGCAACCUCACCGAAAGAUGUUGUAAUUUUAGUUGACGUCAGUGGUAGCAUGAAAGGUCUUCGUCUGACAAUUGCAAAGCAAACUGUAUCCUCUAUUUUAGACACCCUUGGAGAUGAUGACUUCUUCAACAUAAUUGCAUAUAAUGAAGAACUUCAAUAUGUGGAGCCCUGUUUAAAUGGCACAUUAGUACAAGCCGACAGAAACAACAAAGAGCAUUUCAGGGAACAUUUGGACAAACUUUUUGCUAAAGGAAUUGGAAUGCUGGAUCUUGCAUUAAGUGAGGCUUUUGAUUUACUGAGUGAAUUUAACCAUACUGGAGAAGGGAGUAUUUGCAGUCAAGCCAUAAUGCUUAUUGCAGACGGAGGUGACACAUAUGAUACAAUUUUUGCCAAAUACAAUUGGCCAGACAGGAAGGUUCGAAUUUUCACUUACCUGAUAGGAAGGGAGGCAGCAUUUGCGGAUAAUCUGAAAUGGAUGGCAUGUGCUAAUAAAGGUUUUUUUACUCAGAUAUCUACAUUGGCUGAUGUACAAGAAAACGUUAUGGCAUAUCUUCAUGUAUUAAGUCGUCCUAAAGUCAUUGAUCAAGAACAUGAUGUUGUAUGGACAGAAGCUUAUGUUGAUAAUACUCUUGCCGAUGAUCAGGGACUGGUGUUGAUGACCACGGUUGCUAUGCCGGUUUUUAGUAAGGAAAAUGAAACCAGAUCAAAGGGGGUUCUACUGGGUGUGGUUGGCACAGAUGUUCCUGUUAAAGAACUUUUAAAGGCCAUUCCAAAGUAUAAGCUGGGUAUUCAUGGAUAUGCUUUUGCUAUAACGAACAAUGGUUAUAUUUUGACUCAUCCAGAGUUGAGGCCACUGUAUGAAGAAGGGAAGAAACGAAGAAAACCGAACUACAGCAGUGUUGACCUAUCAGAGGUUGAAUGGGAAGACCGAGAUGACGUGCUCCGAAAUGCAAUGGUAAACAGAAAAACAGGAAAAUUUUCCAUGGAGGUCAAAAAGACAGUAGACAAAGGGAAAAGGGUUUUAGUGAUGACAAAUGAUUAUUACUACACAGAUAUCAAGGGUACACCAUUCAGUUUGGGUGUAGUUCUCUCUAGAGGACAUGGGAAAUACUUCUUCAGAGGAAACGUAUCUAUAGAAGACGGUUUGCAUGAUCUAGAACAUCCAGAUGUGUCUUUGGCUGAUGAAUGGUCUUACUGCAACACUGAUCUGCAUCCUGAACAUCGUCACUUGACUCAACUAGAAGCCAUCAAAAUCUACCUCACAGGAAAAGAGCCAUUAUUGCAGUGUGACAAGGAGUUAAUACAGGAGGUUCUGUUCGAUGCUGUGGUUAGUGCGCCACUAGAAGCAUAUUGGACUAGUUUGGCACUAAAUAAAUCAGAAAAUUCAGACAAGGGUGUUGAAGUUGCCUUCCUUGGAACUCGUACAGGACUGAGUCGAGUCAACCUGUUUGUAGGCCCAGAGCAACUAACUAAUAAAGAUUUCCUUACAUCUGAAGACAGAGAGAGCAUUUUUAAUGCUGACCACUUUCCGUUAUGGUAUCGACGUGCUGCCGAGCAGAUACCUGGCAGCUUUGUAUAUUCAAUCCCAUUUAGCACAGGAUCAGAAAACAAAAGUAAUGUGGUGACAGCUAGCACAGCAGUCCAACUACUGGAUGACAGGAAGUCUCCGGUGGUAGCAGCUGUUGGAAUUCAAAUGAAACUUGAAUUUUUCCAGAGAAAGUUUUGGAUUGCCAGCAGACAGUGCUUAACUCUAGACGGUAAAUGCUCCAUAAGUUGUGAUGACGAAGUUAUUAAUUGUUAUCUAAUUGACAAUAAUGGAUUUAUCUUGGUCUCUGAAGACUACAGACAGACAGGGAACUUCUUUGGUGAAGUUGAAGGAGCUGUGAUGAAUAAAUUAUUAGCUAUGGGCUCUUUUAAAAGAAUUACACUAUAUGAUUAUCAAGCCAUGUGUAGAAUAACCAAGGAAAGUAUAGAUAGCGCACACGGCUUAUUGGACCCAUAUCGUGCCUUCUUUGCUGCAGUAAAAUGGAUCAUGACAGAACUGAUCCUAUUUUUAGUGGAAUUUAAUCUAUGCAGUUGGUGGAACUCAGGCCAUUCAGUCAAAGCACAAAGACUGAAACAGACUCUAGAACCUUGUGAUACCGAAUAUCCAGCCUUUGUUUCAGAGCGCACAAUUAAGGAGACUACCGGUAGCAUUGCUUGUGAAGACUGCUUCAAGUCUUUCGUUAUACAGCAGAUUCCAAGCAGCAACCUGUUUAUGGUGGUGGUUGAUAAUGUAUGUAGCUGUGAUUCUAUUGCUCCAAUUACCAUGGCACCUAUCGAAAUUAGGUAUAAUGAAUCCCUAAAAUGUGAACGUUUAAAAUCUCAGAAGAUAAGAAGACGACCAGAAGCAUGCCAUGGGUUUCAUCCUGACGAAAAUGCAAGAGAAUGUGGUGGAACUUUUGGCCUUUGUCCCCAGCCCUUAACCUUGCUGCUAUCACUUUUAAUAAUAUUUUGCUCAAGGUGACCUUCAAUCAUUUGAUCACAUGGCAUGCUAAUUACAUGGAUAAAGUAUGAACUGAUACAAGUGGUGCCGCAUAGAAGAAAAGAAAUGUAGUUAAAACAUCAGCAUUUCAUGACUUUAAAACUGUUGGAGUACAAAAACUCUUAAAAGAUAUAUUGAAACAAAGACAAUAUUACCUUAUUACGUUGCAGCUCAUGCAGAUAUGAAUUUUCCAUUCCGUUCUCAUCCAUUAAAAGAGGACAGCAGACACUGGUAAUCAUCAUUUUCAGCUUUGCCUCAUCACAGAGAUUUCAAAUGGUGUACUUUUUAAAUAAAGUAUAUUAAAAUCAUA